ACUGACGGAUUUUUUCUGUAUGUAUUCACGUAUGAGUGUCAACGAAUCAAGGAACGAAUUGGAGUUGUGGGGGAUUGCCGAUUGGAUGGAGUGUUGCUGCUGACGAUUUAUGGGUGGGAACUAACCGGGCAGAAAUUGUUUUACUGUGAAUUUAAGCGUCCAGGAAUACCGGCUUAUUUAAGUGCUUACCGACUGUGAUUCCACAAUGACGCUAUUGAAAUCUCGCGGGUUUCGUAUGUCUCCAGAGAAGCAAGAGACGCUUCUGAAAUUAAGCAUACUUUCUCUGGCUGCAAUUUUGUCAUUUGCAACUCGAUUGUUUUCGGUUCUGCGAUUUGAAAGUGUCAUCCAUGAGUUCGACCCUUACUUCAACUAUCGCACCACAAGAUUUUUAGCGGAAGAGGGAUUUUAUAAAUUUCAUAACUGGUUUGAUGAUAGAGCAUGGUAUCCUCUUGGCAGAAUUAUUGGAGGCACAAUAUAUCCUGGAUUAAUGGUAACCUCUGCCAUACUCUACCAUCUGAUGUGGAUGAUCAAUAUUACAAUUGACAUACGCAAUGUUUGUGUGUUCUUGGCACCUUUCUUCUCCAGUCUAACAACAAUCAUCACAUAUCUUCUCACAAAAGAAGUAAAGGAUACUGGGGCUGGUUUGGUGGCUGCUGCUACAAUAGCAAUUGUACCUGGAUAUAUAUCUCGUUCAGUGGCUGGUUCCUACGAUAAUGAAGCCAUCGCCAUAUUCUGUAUGCUCCUCACUUACUACAUGUGGAUCAAAGCAGUCAAGACUGGUAGCAUUUUGUGGGCCACUCUCACUGCUGUAGCUUACUUCUACAUGGUGUCAUCAUGGGGAGGCUAUGUGUUCCUGAUCAAUCUGAUCCCCAUCCAUGUGCUGGUGUUGAUGGCUACAGGCAGGUUUUCCCACAGAAUCUAUGUCGCCUACAGCACCCUCUAUUGUGUGGGCACUGUACUCUCAAUGCAGAUAUCUUUCGUUGGAUUCCAACCUGUUCAGAGCUCAGAGCAUAUGAUGGCACUAGGCGUUUUUGGUCUAUGUCAGCUACACUGUUUUGUGGAUUAUAUCCGCAGCAAAAUGAGCCCAGAAGACUUUCAAGUGCUGUUCAGGGCUGUUGUUAUGGCAACUGUAGUACUCACCUCUAUUGUUGGGGGUAUUCUCACUGUUACAGGUAAGAUCGCUCCAUGGACAGGAAGAUUCUACACACUGUUGGACCCCUCCUACGCCAAGAACCACAUCCCUAUCAUCGCUUCGGUGUCAGAGCAUCAGCCCACCUCUUGGUCCAGCUUCUACUUUGAUCUUCAGAUUCUAGUCUUCUUGUUCCCUGCUGGCCUAUACUUUUGUUUCUCAAAGUUGACGGAUGCCAACAUCUUUCUCAUCCUGUAUGGUGUCACUAGUAUUUAUUUUGCUGGAGUGAUGGUACGUCUGAUGCUUGUGCUGGCUCCAGUCAUGUGUAUCCUGUCAGGGGUUGCUGUCAGCUCUAUGCUCACUACAUACAUGAAGCAGGUCGAUCCAUCCAAGAGUGUUGACAAAAAGGCCAAGAAAAUGGAGUCCAACUUUGUCAUGAAGAGUGAGAUAGCUACUGUGUUUGUGGGUCUGAUGACAUUUCUGCUUAUAUCAUACACAUUCCACUGUACUUGGGUGACGUCUGAAGCGUACAGCUCUCCAAGUAUCGUACUGUCAGCUCGCACUCACGAUGGCUCUCAGAUCAUCUUUGACGAUUUCCGAGAGGCCUAUUAUUGGCUUAGAAUGAACACUCCUGAGGAUGCUCGGGUCAUGUCUUGGUGGGAUUAUGGAUACCAAAUAACGGCUAUGGCUAAUCGGACAAUACUUGUGGACAACAAUACUUGGAACAACACCCAUAUAUCAAGAGUUGGGCAGGCCAUGGCGUCACCGGAGGAUAAAGCCUAUGAAAUAAUGCGAGAGCUAGAUGUAGAUUAUGUUCUAGUCAUUUUUGGUGGAGUUGUCGGUUACUCUUCAGAUGAUAUCAAUAAAUUCCUGUGGAUGGUACGUAUUGGAGGGUCGACCCCGCGAGGAGCACACAUCAAGGAGAGUGACUACUACUCUCCUAGUGGAGAGUUCCGGGUGGACAAGGAAGGAUCCCCCACUCUGCUCAACUGCCUCAUGUACAAGAUGUGUUACUACCGUUUCGGUUUGGUCUACUCCGAGGCUGGCAAGCCACCAGGAUAUGAUCGAGUGAGAGGUGCAGAGAUCGGUAACAAAGACUUUGAACUGGAUGUCUUAGAGGAGGCGUACACAACUGAGCAUUGGCUGGUCCGUAUCUACAAGGUUAAAGGUCUGCGCAACCGAGGUGUAUAGGUCUAUAUAUCUCUUCUCCCACAUUGGGAGACCACAACUGUGCUGACCUUUCCUCUAAUUUAAAGACAUUUAAUUUAAUUUAAAUAACAAACAUCAUUAGAAAACUCAAACGUUUAUAUUUUUGCACUAAACAAUUAGGUAAUCUAAAAUAAGUUAAGAACUGUGAGUUUUUAAAGGCUGAAGAAAUGUUCGUAAUAUAUUUUUGAGUUUUAUAUAGGUUUACUUUAAUUGUUUUGAACUUGGUGUAUGUUUUAUAUUAAUGUUUUAUAAGUAAAUGAAAUUUGCUAAUGCUCUGAUGUGUAAUGGGUAUACAUGUAUAUUGUGGGUUAUGUGACAGUACAAGCAUAAGACUUGAUAUAAUUUAGAUUCUAGUUGUGAGAGGAGCCAGACAUUCUAAACUUGAACAAUUCCUCACCAAACAUAGUAGUCACCAUCCCUUAGUUUAUCAUUACUGUGUUAUUAUUAAUUAAUUCACUUCUGGAUUACAAUUUUAAUUAUAAUUUUUGUAAUAUGAUUUGUAAAUGCAUAAUAGAGUAAAAUCCAAAACCAACUCGAUUCAGAUAACUUUAGUAUAAUUUUCAUAUUUUUAUUUUACAAUGUAUGCAAAAUAACACUGCCUGAGCUGUGAUGCAUGGAAUAUUCAAAUAUAAAACAAAAGAAUUACUAUGGGAAAUUCUCAAACUCUUACAUAGACAAAAGUAGCUUUAAUGAAAGAAACACUAUGUGUAAUAAACAAAGUAUAAAAAUAUUAGGAAUUGGCUGAUGAUUGCAAUACAAUUCAAUUUCCAUUCCAACAUUCUCCAUUCAAUUCCAGUAUUCCCACUUGUCCUAAUUUUCUAGAAUUCCUACUUUUAAAAUGUCCUAUUUAAGACUUAAUAGUUUUAUGAGCAAUGCCAGUUAUAUAUUUUACAAAAACUGAAAUACAUUCAAGAACUGUUACGUGCUUUACUCUUCGUAGAAAGUGAUAAACUUUAAGAGUAACAUAUUCAUGCAAGCGUCGCUACAGUGAUGUCAUGAACUUGAUACACUGCCAGUACCUGCAGUGUUACAUAUGUGUAUCUUUAUCUGUCUGACCGAACUUUCAAAUAUUUAAUAUUAUAUCAUACUCAUUUCUGUCAAACUGAUUAUUUAUACUUACAAAAGAAUUACAAAUGAAUGCAAAACUGUCUUUGUUUAUUUUAAAUUAGUCCUAAAAGUAUUGUAAAUUUGUUAUUGAUUCUGAUUUUAGUUUUAAGUGCUAUAAAUCAGCUGAUUUGAUCAGUUGCCUCAGAUUUUCACAAGGUUCUCAAAUUAUUUAUUCUAAAUUGAGCAAUUUGUAUUUGAUUUAUCCUAAUAAUACAGUACCUUAAUCAUUUUAAGCAUGCAAGAAAAUUAACAAAUAAAAUAUUAUAUUGAUGAAUAUGUCUGUCAAAGUUACUAACAGAAAAUUGUAUAUCAAAAGAAAUUUAAUGUAUUCUUAGACCUUACAUCUAGAACAGGAGAAUCAUAAAAGAAAUGGCACAACACCACACAGUUUCACUACUGUGCUACAUGAUAUAUGGAUCAUAGUAGAUAAUUGGAAAUGAUUUACCCCGAUUUACAUUGAGAUUUACCCUCUUCUGCAGGUGUAAAAUACCCCAAUACAUAAACUUACACAAAAAACUUGAAAACUAAAAAGUGUAACAUUGAACUGCCACUCAAAAUACAAGUAAUACCUGAUUGGUAUUCCGACAGCAUGACGUCCAGACUGGUGAGAAUGAACAUCCAGAGUAAGAUAAUUUAUUAUAGUGUGUAGUACUCAUAGAGGAUACAAACUUUGACACAGAAAGUUUUUUUAAUUUUAACUUAGAUAGUUUUUGCCAUUCUUUUUAUUUGCAUUUGUUUUAUUUGUUAAGUUUUUUGCAUGAUUAAUUUAGUUUUAGGGAUUAACACCUGAAAAAGAGACAGAUACAAUUUUUUGAAACACUGUGUUUCAGUUUUUGUAACAUAUAAUGGAAAAAUGUUAAUUUUACUAUCCUGACAUAAUGCUCAUGUCUUUUAAAAUCUUUCACAAUAAAUAAUAAAUUUUGCCUAGUUUUCAAAUGUAUUAUGACUUGAAGGGCCACAUCAUAGUGUAUAUUUGGUUAGUAUCAGACCUAAUCAUAUAGUUCAUCAAACUUUUACAUAUUAAAAUAGAUCUAAACAUUGCUGCUGGGUAUCGCCAGCAUAAAAAGUAGAAUGUGUAACUGAAAAAGUUAAAAAUAGCAAUGUUAGAUUUAUGUUACAAUACAUAAUUUCUCAUUAGUAGCCUACAAUAAUAAAUAUUUGAAAUUUGUCUACAUUUUUAUACAGGUUAGACUGAAUUCGGUGAUGGUGUAUGCCAUUCCAUGGGAUUUCGCUGAACAUAAGCAAACAUUUGUACAAUGGUCUUAUGGGUAACCAUGAUGGCAUUGAAAGAAUAGUAAAAUACAAGGGCCAUUCAAUAAUUAAACAAAUUGGUCUGGGGAAAACUUGUUGGUAGGGCAAGUUUGGUACUUUUAUGGCUUUAAGUUUGUGUGAUAGGGAUAAGCCCUGAUCAGCUGAUGUGUCAACAUUGUUUUGUUUAUAAACUCAAAAAUACAUGCCAAGAUGGUUAGUCUGCUUGAAAAUUUCACAUUAGUAGAACAACAUUGUGUUAUCCGUCUUUUUUUUUCUGAAGGUGAGAAAGCGGUGAAUAUAUACAGUAAAAUGUCUGAAGUUUAUGGUGACUAUUGUAAAAAUCAUGCAAAUUUUUACAAGUCGUUAGAGCAGUUGAAAAGUAGUCGUGAUUCGGUGACUUGAUGAACACCGUUCUGGCUGACCACUUGUAGUUUGGACUCUCUCAUUUGAAGUCGAAUUGAUGACAUUUUUGGUGACAGCCAUGUGACAUUGGAAAUGAUAGUUGAUAAUGUUCAAGUUGGUACUGGUACAAUUCAUAACAUUAUCUGUAACAAGCUGUAGAAUUGCAAAAAAUUGCAAGAUGGGUCCUAAAGGAGUUGACGCAGCUACACAAGGAAACAAGGUUGAGAGUGUGCAAGAGAAGGUGAGCACUUCCUCAAAAAAAUUUUAAAUUGUGAUGAAACUUGGGUUCAUGAUUAUGAGUCGUAGCCAAAAAGGCAAAGCAUGGAGAGAACACACCAACUCACCUGUCGAAGAAAAAAUUCAAAAUCCAAGCAUCAACAGAAAAAGACUUGUUGACAGUAUUUUGGGAUACUGAAGUUCCAAUUUUUUAUGAUGUUCUGGAAGAGCAUAUACAAUGAACUGCCAAUACUACUUAGAUUCGCUUUUAAACAAGGUAAAGCCAGCUAUGAGAGAGAAAACGGUGGAUCUCAGAGGAGAAGUGUGAUUUACAAAUUUCCAGCAAUACAUAUACUGUCUCAUUCCCCUUACAUUCCUGAUUUAGCACCUUAUGAUUUCUGUUUGUUUGGUACACUGAAGAAGGUGUUACGUUGGAAGAGGUUCCAUGACAACGAGGGCGUGAAAAAGUGUGGAAAUCUGGUUCAUACAUGAAUAUAAAUACUUCUUUGCAGCCGGAAUAAAAAAAGGUUAUAGCCUGUUGGAACAAGUGCAUAAAUGUUGAAGAGGACAAUGUUGAAAAGUAGAAAAUGUAUUGUUUUAUAAAAAUAUUCUGGGUUCUUCUCCAGACCAAUUUGUCUUUAAAUAUUAAAUGACUCUGAAUAUAAUCCCAACUGAGUAUAAUCAUAUGAAGAUUUUAACUUGAUACGUGUAGCUUAAUUACCACAACACAUACAACAUAAUGUUAUGGUGACUUGAUGUGUAGCUUAGAAUAAAAAGAAGUGUGUCAAUAUUUUUGUUUUCGACAUUGAUAUGGAACCCAACUUAAUGAACAAAAAUGUAAAUGUAUCAUGUGGCAAGAUAUCUCGAGAAAGAUUUCAUAUGUAGAUGUUAAAAUUUUCGUCAGACUUCAUUUCUAUAUAAAAAAAAUAUAAGGUAUAUGAUGGUGCAUGUCCAACAAUGGCAUUUGGCUGAGAGUCAUUGAAACCUACUACUCAUUACGUUGAAAGAAUUUCUUUUUGUAUGAUGGAGGAUGUAAAAAUUUAUUUUCUGUAUGACUGUCUGCCUGUAUAUCAGUCCACAGGACAUAUUUAGAAUAAAAUGAGCUAUAGACUUGAAAUUUUGGAUGCAACCUCAGUGAAGUCUGUCAGGUGACAGGUGGUGUGGCGUACCCCUUUAAUAAUAUUGUGUUUGAAUAGAAUUCCUUAAUUCUUUUUAUUUGUUUAAUAUUUUCUGUUAAAAAAACCAUACACAGAUGAUGUGUUUACCAUUCCAGUUCAAAUAAGACUUGAACUGACUUGUUUCCUGUAGAAAUAUAGUUAUAAACAAUCUAUUCAAUAUUCACUAUAACUAUCUGUUUGAAUCUUCUAACACCAAGAUGUGUUAGUACUUAAAGUUGGUUUUUAUCCUGGUUGGUUCUUUGAAAAAGAACAGCACUACACACUUACACUUUCACUUAGUUAUUGUCCAUGUCAAGCCGGGUUUUGGUUUUUGUCAAUGAUUUUCAUUCCAAAUAAAAAGAUAAUUAAAAAACAAAGUCAAUUACUAAUAGUAAUUAUUUAUUAAAUAGUAAUUGUAUAUUUUUUAACAAGAAAUGUUCUAUCAUAUUGAUUUUAUUAUUUGCCUAUAAGUGAUUAAUCUUGCCAUGUCAACUAAAACUGUUUCUUGAACCUUGGUCAAUUGUUUGUUCUGUUGUUGUCAAGAUCUGAUGUUCAUGGCUCACUAGGCUUCAUCUAUUUGCUACUAUCAUUCUACCGGCUAUGCAGCACUAGACACCACAUAAUUUCUUACACCUCAUUUUGAAGCAAAAAAAUCAAAAUGAUCAAUAAUGGUUUAUUUUAAGGUUCCAGUAAGAAUUAGAUUAUAACAAUACAAAUCAAGGAUUGAAACUGAUAAGACUAAAGAGAUGAGAUGAAAAUUCUAAUACUUAUUUUUGGAAUUUGAAUCCAUAGUAGUAUUCAAUUCAUUAUAAUCUUCAUCAUUCAUAUACUAAAUACAAGAAAUGUUUAUUAUUAUUUAUUUUAAAAUCAUCUGCAAUUUGUUAUUGAAGUAGCCAUUCCUCAUGUGCAGCUCAUGAAUUGUACAAGCAGUAAUAAUACCAAUUAACAAAAUUCUGAUUAUUUGUCUUGUAGAAUGCAAAAAGUACAUUUUUACAGAAUUGGUGCUAAUGUAGUUCAACAAAAUUUGAUUCUACAAUAAACCCUCACCAAUAUAUCAUGUAUUCAUUAAAUACAGUGUGUAAGUAAUAGUGUUCUUAUUUACUUCUAGAGUUAGUGAUUGCCAGGGUCUAUUUCAUAAAACCACAAUUGACAUUUUAGAUAUUUAUAGCAUUAUUAUUUUUUAAUUCUAUUCUUGAGCCCAUUAGUUCUUGAAAAAGAAAUUUUAAUUUAAAACAGAUUAAAUAUUGUUUCCCUGAUGCUGGUGAUUUUCAUGUGCUACUGUAGUUUGUUGUGGUUCAUAAACUAUUAAACAAUGAUUAGCUAUUUAUUUUUUUUUUACCUUGUAGCUGUAAUCAUUAUUUCUGUUUCGAGUUGUCUUUGUUUGGAAGACAAUCAUUAGUGCCAACUCUGCAAUGCAUCGUUCCUGACUUAAUUUAUUAUUCCACCGUAUACUACUUGACUACUCAUUGACCACCAAAUGGGUAAUAUGUUACUUUAUUUGUUGAGUCUGAAUCAAACACAAUUUGAUUCUGAAAUAUAGAUGUUGUAACAAAUAGUAAAGUAUCAUUUGCAAUUUUAUAUUAUUUUAAUGUUUGUUAUCCGUACAAAUAUUAAGGGAAUAUCUGAUCACAAAAACUUGAAAAGAAAUGUGCAAAUAGUGAAACCAUUUUAAUGCAAUACAAAUAUUUAAAGAAAGAGUUGUUUAAAAACACUCACAACAAACAACAAACUUUAUAUGUUUGUACAAAAUGGAGUUUGAGAUUUAAAUUCAUAAGUACGAAUUAAGCUAGUAUUAAACCCAAAUUAGUACAAAUACAAGAAUAUAGCAUUUAGUGAUUUCUUUUAAGCACAAUUUCACUUGAAGGCACUGGUGUUUUAUACACACAAAGAUCUAAAAUAAAUUAUGUGUCGGUUCCUAACGUUGGUUUUCAUUCACAUGAUUUUUUAGAAAAGAAAAACGAACCAAAAACUGACACGAAAUAUUGGUUCUUCUUCAACAUUUUAUGCUUUUGGUGAGUUGGGCCAUUGCUUAUGACGUGAUCAUUGGUGUACAUUUCUUUAAUUGUGCUUAUUCGUUAAUUGAUUAAUUCUAUAUUUUUAGAAAUAUACUAUUUAAAAAACUAUGACAGUGUUAUUCACAGUUUUGUUUGUAUCCAUUGAUUUGUUAGUUCGUAAUUCAGUGCCAAUUUCCAAUAGUAAAUGGGUAAUUUGCCAUUUUUAAUGGUUUUGUGAAUAUACCUGUGCACAGAUACGUUGUUUACUUUUAGACUUCUAUUCCAAUUACAAUUGUGUGAUGUAUUUUAAGCUGUUAUGUAUUUUUACUCAUGAUUACUAAUGAUGUAAGGAGGCUUGUUAGUUUUGACUGAACAAUAUAAAUGUUAUUAUUUUCAAAGACUGUCGUAAACUAUUUAUUGGGAAUAAUACAAAUUAUUUAUUUUAAUUCUUAGAUUACCUGCUGAAUUAAUUAAAUACAAAUAGCUUUUUAAAAACUUUUCCAGUGCUUUAUUUACUUUUCUACUACAUUGUGUUUAGUAAUAAAUAUUAAAUAGUUUAGUGAACAAUACAAAGAAAGUUAAAACAAAUAUUUAUUUAUCCUAAAGAAAGAUAGUUUAAAUUAUUCGGCAUUAAGCUUCAGUAAUAUGCAAAGUACAUUAAUACAGCUAUGGUGUCUAAUUUUCUUAAAAGUUCAUCAUGUAAGUCUAAUUUUAUAAAAAUUGUAAUAAUAAAGACAGAAUGAAAUAUAAAAAAAAUUAGUAUAAACACUAUUAUAGUACUGCGAGAAACAGCAUGGAGAAUUGCAAACUGAUUGGCGUCGAGUUUUUGUCCAGCAUACGAACAUAUUCUUGUCUCCUUACAUCAUGAAGAUUACUUAUGCGUAACUACUGAGCAAAGGAAUAAAUUUUGUAUUAAUGUCGUAACAGAGAAUCUUUAUUAUCUCUAUUAUCUUUAUUGUAAUAAUUUGAACAACUCAACAAACUGUUUGCAAAGAGAUUUUCCUAUUUGUAAAUAACUAGUUGUAAACAUAAUAAAAGAAUUUGAAUAUUU